AUGGCCAACACAUUCCCAAAGCCUGGGGAAUCUGGACAUAUUCUGUGCUUACAGACUGUCAAAGGAGAAACUCUUUUAAGUUUCAACACUCCAGAAAGUGAUGACUUUAAAGUGAUUGGUCCUGCCUAUCCGAUCCUGGCCAAGGUUGGGGAAGAUGCCUUACUAACCUGUCAGCUCCUUCCAAAGAUGGCUUUGAGGCACAUGGAGGUGAGGUGGUACCGCUUGGAGCCCUGCACAUCUGUGUCUGUAUACCAGGAUGGGGCUGAGGUCACCGAGAUGCAGAUGGAGGAGUACAGAGGCCGGGUAGAGUGGAAAGAAGUCAACAUUGCCGAUGGCAGUGUGGUUCUCAAGAUUAACAACAUCCAACCAUCUGACAACGGGCAAUACUGGUGCCGGUUCCAAGAGGAGUACCAUCAUGCAGAAACAAGCUUGCAGCUCAACGUAGCAGCUCUGGGAUCUGCCCCCGACAUUCACAUGGAGGGCACUGUGGACAGUGGAGUCGAACUUGUGUGCACUGCAAAAGGCUGGUUCCCAAAGCCUGAAGUGUACUGGAAAAAUGCCAGAGGAGAGAAUAUACCGACGCUUUUAGAACACCACAUCCAAGGUGAAGAUGGCCUGUUCUAUGUGGAAUCCAUGCUUGUGGUCCGGGACUCUGCUACGGAGAUCCUGUCCUGUGUCAUCCACAGCCCCAUCCUUGGUGAGGAGAAGUGGUCCACCAUCUCCAUCCCAGAGAAACUCCAGACGGAGCUGGCUUCUUUACGUGUGAUUGGACCUUCCCAGCCCAUUCUCGCCAGAGUGGGCGAAGACAUACAAUUAACUUGUUACCUGUCUCCCAAGACUAAUGCACAGAACAUGGAAGUGCGGUGGAUCCGAGCCCACCGCUCUCCUGCUGUUUGUGUGUACAUGGAGGGGGAGCAGGUGAUUGCAGAGCAGAUGGAGGAAUAUAGAGGGAGAACAGUGCUGCUGACGGAUGCCAUUGAUGAGGGAAGACUGACACUGCAGAUCUCCAGGGUCAGGACUUCAGAUAACGGGCUGUACUGGUGCCUUUUUGAAAAAGAUGGUGUCUACCAGGAGACCAGUUUGGAUUUAAAGGUAGCAGGUUUGGGUUCUUCUCCAUUGAUCGCCAUGAAGGGAUGGAAGGAGGGAGAAAUGCAGCUGAUGUGCUCUUCAGAUGGGUGGUUUCCUCCACCCCACGUGCAGUGGAGGGACAGGCAAGGAAGGCCAAUGCCCUCCUUUUCUGAGGUCCUGACUCAAGACAGCCGUGGGCUGUUCCACGUGGACACAGCUCUACUGGUCAGAAACCGCUCCAUUGUGAAUGUCACCUGCUCCCUCAGCAACCCCCUUCUGAGCCAAGAGAAAACAGCAGCCUACACUCUCUCAGUGCAUGUAACAUUGGAUGUAAAUACAGCUCACCCAGAAGUCAUUUUUGCUGAAGGAAAUAAAUGUAUAACCCGUGGAAAUACCUGGCAGAAGCUUCCAGACACCCCUCAGAGAUUUGACUGCUUACCUUGUGUGUUGGGCCAAGAGGGGUUUGUGUCAGGCAGAUGGUCCUGGGACGUGGAAGUUGGGGGAGGGACGGGAUGGUUCUUGGGUGUUGCCAGCGAUGACGUUGUACGGAAAGGGUCCGUAUCUAUAUCACCUGAGACUGGGUUCUGGGCAAUAGGGUGCUAUUCAAAUGAGUCCUGGGCUAUCACCUCACCUUCAACCCGUUUCCCCAUAAAUUUGGCCCCUGGACGGUACACAAUCUCUCUUGAUUAUGCCUCUGGACACCUCUCCUUUCAGAACAGGACUAACAAGGGCUUUGACUACACCUUCCCCAAAUGUUCAUUCUUUGGAAUUCUGCGCCCCCUCUUCAUUCUUUGGGCCCCUUACAUAGAUUCUCCGGAUGUGUUCCCUGUCCACGGUAUAAGGAAAGCCACAACCUCAGAUUCUGAAAUCCAGAAUUCGCUUCCAGCUUCCUGCUUUUCCUUUCUUUCACCACCUUCUCAAAAGAGGCUCACACAACCAUCUCGAUGCCAACUCAGGGUUCUUUAA